AUGCAGGCGGAGCGCGACGAGAUCAAUCACGCUGCCGUGUUGGAGGCGCCAGCGUGCAUGCCGGUCGACCUGGCUAAGAUGCGUCCCAAACUGUUCCUGGACGACAUCAUGACGCCCUGCUUGGCACGGGUGCGUCUGUUCUUCAGCGCAGACGGCGUCGCUUCCAUCGACCAGGAUCAUCGCGACCUGGUCAAUGCGUACAAGGACGAAGUCGGCAUCAAGGCAAUCAUCGAUGCACACAGCAACAAAACGAAUUUCAACGACGGCUGGUAUUCUUUCGACAGGGCGCGCUUCUCACAGCUGCACCGUUUAUGUUCGGGAAUGGCGUCCGUGUUCGCGAAGACUACCUCGAAGGUGGAGUCCGACUUCAGCAUCCUGAAAUGGGAGAAGGACGAGUUCCGCAUGAACCUUCUCGACCUGUCGCUCGAGGGUAUCUUCCAGGCCAAGCAGUUCAAGCUGCUGGGCCUGCUCGACCCCAACCCAGUGCCCCAAGCAGACGACGACGAUGAUGACGACACGUAA